GGUCUGCUGCGUGAGGCGAAUGGGCGAUACGAGUUUUUCUAGUACGGUUAAAAUAUCUGGGUUCAAUAAGAGAUAAAUUUAUUGUUACUGCAGUGAUCUAUUUUUCUAAAUGAAAUUUGAAAACUUGUGAACAGAAACUAUUAACUUUAAAUAAACAAACAGUGAAUAAAGUCUAAGUAGACAGGUAUCUACUAUAAUCCCGUUUUCAAAUUACUCAAAUUGGUAUUGAUUAAAUUUAUGCUGUUCUGUCAUGAGAUGACAAAACUAUGUCAAGUGUGUUUUAGUAAAUAAUUCUAUACACACUAAUUGUAAAGAGAAUAAUUGGUAAUCAGACAAGUGUUAUCAGGUGUUACGGCAUGAAUUUAGACAACUCAUCAAGAGAAAAUUCUGAAGCAUUGGAUUCAAUUGGGACUGUUAGUCCCAGAGAAAAGUAUCACAGUAUGAGAGAAAAGAAGUUAUCUACCGCAUCAUUGACAAACAUGGAAGGAGCUCGACCAAAAGUAGUGACAGUCAAACAUCCUGAAUCAAAUAAACCUAAACCAACUGCAAAAAAAAAUAAACCAAUUCAAGCAGAUCUCGACGUAGUUAAAGAGUUUAUAAGAUGUCGUGAAGAAGGCGUGAAGCGGCUUGAUCUGAGUAAGUCUUCUAUAACUUCUUUGCCACCAAAUGUCAGAGAUCUGACUCAUCUAAUAGAAUUUUAUUUGUAUGGUAAUAAGUUAGUAGCACUGCCUGCUGAAUUUGGUUGCCUUACAAAUUUACAGACAUUAGCUUUGAAUGAAAAUUCACUGACAAGUUUACCAGACUCAUUGGCAAACUUGAGGUGCCUAAAAGUUUUGGAUUUGCGACAUAAUAAAUUGAGUGACAUUCCUGAAGUUGUUUAUAAACUGACUUCGCUCACAACUCUGUUCCUACGUUUUAACAGAAUCAGGGUAGUUGGUGAUGGAAUUGCCAACUUGACUAAUCUUACAAUGCUCAGCUUAAGAGAGAAUAAAAUAAAAGAAUUGUCAUCUGGAAUUGGUAAAUUGGUGAAUUUGGUCACCUUUGAUGUUUCACAUAAUCAUUUGGAACAUUUACCUCAAGAAAUUGGCAACUGUGUAAAUUUGUCUACAUUGGAUUUACAACAUAAUGAUUUAUUGGACAUACCAGAAACUAUUGGAAACCUUCAAGCAUUAACUCGUUUAGGCUUAAGAUAUAAUAGACUAACAGCGAUACCAUCUAGUUUAAGUAACUGCAAACAUAUGGAUGAAUUCAAUGUAGAAGGUAAUUCAAUAUCUCAACUUCCUGAUGGCUUGCUUGCUAGUUUGAAUGAAUUGACAAGUAUAACACUUUCUCGGAACUCAUUUAUGAGUUACCCUUCUGGAGGUCCUGCCCAAUUCACAAAUGCAUUUUCUAUUAACUUGGAACACAAUCAAAUUGACAAGAUUCCAUAUGGUAUAUUUUCAAGAGCAAAAAGUUUGACCAAAUUAAAUAUGAAAGAAAAUUUACUAACUUCAUUACCAUUAGAUAUUGGAACAUGGAGUAACAUGGUUGAACUUAACUUGGGAACUAAUCAGUUAACAAAAUUGCCUGAUGAUAUACAAUGCCUACAGAAUUUAGAAAUACUCACAUUAUCAAAUAAUUUACUAAAAAGGAUUCCACCUAGUAUUGGCAGUUUAAGGAAGCUACGUGUGUUGGAUUUGGAAGAAAAUAAACUGGAGGUUUUACCUAAUGAAAUAGGCUUCCUCCAUGAUUUACAAAAAUUGAUUGUACAAUCAAACCAGUUAACUUCACUUCCAAGAUCCAUUGGCCAUCUGACCAAUCUUACAUUUUUGAGUGUUGGAGAGAACAAUCUGCAAUACCUACCAGAAGAAAUUGGUACUCUUGAAAAUUUGGAAUCUUUGUAUUUGAAUGACAAUCCGAACUUGUGUAAUUUACCAUUUGAGCUAGCUUUGUGUGUGAGCUUGCAGAUCAUGAGCAUUGAAAACUGUCCAUUAACCGCUAUUCCACCAGAGGUGGUGUCAUCAGGCCCUUCCUUGGUCAUUCAAUAUUUAAAAUCUCAAGGGCCAUAUAGAGCUAUGUGAUAUCAGGAUGAAGAUUUUUUACCAAACAGUGAAGGCACUUAAAUUCACAUAGAGCAAAAACAAACUGCUUUCCUGAAAAAUAUACUCAUGAUACUCUUGUGUAUUAAUCAAGAACUAUACUGGAUGUUUCAAAAGAAUAUAAAUAACAUUUGUAAAGUAUUAUUAUUUUUCUUCUAAAAACUUGUUGGAACUCCAUUUAACGUUUUUUUAUGCCUACUGAGCUAGGCAUUUUAAAAACUAAAAAAAACCUGUUGUGUCAAAUUGGUUUGGAUUGACCAUUCAUGUGACUUUGUAUUAUUUGAAUUUUGUCAGUAAUCAUUACAUAUUAUUAUGUAUAUCAAUCUUCCAUUUUUACUGAAACCCUUUUCAUUGUUGUAUGUAUCAAUGUUAAAAGAAUAGGCAUUUUUUUAUUAUAUAAGAAGAAAUGAUAAAAAGUAUGUACCUUGGCGUUAGUACACACAGCAGCACUUGAAAUUACUGUAAAAGGCCAAUGCAACCAAUUUUGAACUAUACUGGCAAUAGAUUAAGGCUUAUAAUUUAUAAUAGGUUUGGCUUUUUGUAGUAAUCUCACAUGCUGUUGACUGUACAUGGAGGUAAUUACAUAUUUUAAUGUUGUAUAGGUAUAAUGUAAGCACAGUUUUUUAUUUAAUAUUCUGUACUAUAUUAAUUAUCAGAAUCGGCUUUAUCUAUUGAAGUCCCAUGACAAUAUUGCCAAUUUCAAUAAAAAUUAUAAAACAAUUCUACAUAUUUCAAAAUAUGUACUUCAAAUUGUGAAUUUAUUUUUAUUUUAAAAUGAUUGACUAAGUAUGAUCUCAUGCCUUUUGUAAACAAUACCUGAUUGUAGAAGAUUCAAAUCAAAAUAUAUAUUACAGCACUUGAAUUCCUCCUGGGUACUUAGUAGCCACAUAGGUAGAAGAUAAAAAAAAAACAGAAAUUGUUAUUAAUAAAUGUGUUACAUUUCUAUUGAAUUUUAUAAUCAUAACCAGUGUUAUAGCUUUUACUCAACAUCUCCAUUGCAUAGAAAAUGUUUGUAUGAAAAGUAAUUAUUAAUACAAAGCAGUCUUAUUUACAAUUUUUAUUAUAUUUUUAUCCAAUGGAUUUUAUUGAUGUGGAAUGUAAACUCCUUAGUGAGUAUAAAACCUACCUAUAAAUAUUUACUUAUCUUGUUAGAAAAUAAAUAGAAUUGCUUAU